UUUAUUUACAUUUUUAUUUUUUUACAUACACAUAAUUCGUGCAAAAAAGUCUCAAUAUAGCCGGGACGGAGGAAGUAAUUUAAAUCAUAAAUUAUACUUUUCGUUCUGAAACUAUCCAGAAAUACCGAUAACAUCAAUCGAAUGUUCGAACUAUUAAAAUUGUAAUAAAAAUAUUGAAUACCAAUUUUCGUCAACAAAAAACUCCAUAUACCUGAGAAUUUUUUAAUAAAUAAUGACAUAAUGAAGAAAGUAAAGAAUUAAAGAAAAACAGUGGUUGCAAAACACGUGCUGAUACUAUUACACGCCUUGUUGUAUAUAAGAGGACGUGAGAAAUAAGAAGUCAAAAUAAAUCUAAAGUCCCAACAAUAAAAGUAGUUGCACGUGGCUGUUAAUGCCGCCAUUUUCGUAUUUCUUCUUCGCGAAUGGAGCUUCUCCGACCAGCAUCUGCUCCUUCAGCUCACUGCGUACCCCUCCGAUCCACCCCCACUCUCUCCUUCCAUCUUCAAUCCGCCUUCAACCGCAAUGCCUCUCCCCGACGACUCUCCGUUUUCUCCCACCCUUCCUCUGCUCACCACUUGAAGAUUAACUACAACGACACCAUUUUGAGGCGGCGUUUGCCUCUGGUCUCCGCCAAUGCGACGCCUCCUCCUCCUCCGCCGCCGCCGAAUUCCGAUACGAAGAAUCGGAAGCUUUUGGUGGUGGCGUGCUCCGCCGUUACUGUAGCACUGGCCAUUGCCAAUCGUGUGCUAUACAAGCUCGCCCUUGUCCCCAUGAAGGAGUUCCCCUUCUUUUUGGCUCAGCUCACUACUUUUGGGUAUGUGGCUAUAUAUUUCUCUAUACUUUUCACGAGAUACAUAGCUGGAACUGUAACGGAUGAGAUGUUAGCAUUUCCAAAAACACCUUUUAUAAUAAUUGGUUUUCUGGAAGCUCUUGGAGUUGUUGCUGGAAUGUAUUCUGGAGCCCAGCUUCCUGGACCAGCCAUACCUAUAUUAAAUCAGGCAUUUUUGGUAUGGCAACUAGCCUUCUCUGUGCUCAUCUUGGGGAGGAGAUACUCUUGGAACCGACUCGCUGGAUGCUUUCUUGUUGCUGCUGGUGUUGUGCUGUCAGUUACGAGCGGAUCAGAACAAGAUCAAAUGCUCUCUGGAGUUGGAAUGAUAUGGCCAGCAAUGAUGAUAACUUCAACUGCAUUUCAAGCAGUUGCUUCCAUUCUCAAGGAAUCUGUUUUCAUUGAUGCUGCGACCCGUCUCAAGGGAAAGCUACUAGACAUAUUUGUGGUCAAUUCCUAUGGAUCUGGAUUUCAGGCGCUUUUUGUACUCCUCUUUCUGCCAGUUUUAUCAAAUUUGAAGGGCAUACCAUUACCUGAACUGCCUUCAUACUUGAGAAGUGGUGCUGCUUGCUUCCUUAAUAUUGGAGCCAAUACAACAGAUUGUGAUGGGGCCCCACUACUACCUCUCCUCUACAUAAUAACCAAUAUUGCUUUCAACAUAUCUGUGCUCAAUCUUUUGAAAUAUUCAUCCGCUGUUGUAUCCUCCCUUGCUGUGAUGUCAUCAGUGCCAAUCUCAAUCUACAUUCUUUCCCUUCCACUACCAUACCUCCCAGGAGGUGUAAACUUGAGCCCCUUUUUCGUCUUGGGCAGCGUGGUUCUUAUGUUGGGGCUCAUCUUAUACAACUUUUCCUGGCCUCUCAAGCAGAACUCGGACACAUCGCGACAUUGACAGUAGUUGUCUCCAUAUUGUGUUGUGAUCUUUGUAUAGGUUGAUGGUGGCUAAGUGAUCAUCUAUUGUUUAAGGCUGUGCAUAAAUCACUGGCACUCAUCAAACUCCAUCAUAUAUGUCGCCACGUUUACCUGGGAUUUUUUUUGCACAUUUACUCCUUUAGGUACUGGCCGAUGCCUUGAUAAUAAUCUGUGCAAGAUUUUGCUUUCUAAGUUAUAGUUAAAGGUUUUGAUACUUAGUAACGAGCCCUCUGCUUCUUGUACUAUGAAAAUUAUUUGUAGAACUUUGUAUUCAAAGUUGUAAGAUGAAAAACAUUAUUUUGCAAA